GGGAUAUAUGUUGAAUAGGGUUGCGAAGGGACGUAAAAAUGGCGACUUUUAACUCCUUCCGGCAUUGAAUACUCGUACUAAUGUGUGCUUUUGACAUUAUAAACAACUAUUAUAUUCUUAUUCAACUUAACUAUUAUCUACAGAAACAAUUACUCUAAAAAAUUAACCAGUGAUAAUUCGAAAAAACGGAAUACCUCAAUCGUUAUUUAAAUAAAUAGUAAAUAUAAAUAAUAAUUGUCUUUUAAAUUUUUUUUUUUUCGUGUCAUUAUAACCUCACUAUAGCCCACUGAGUUUACAAAAUAUUCACCCUUCCCCCCCACAAACAAUGGCAAUGAAUGAAAAUUUCAAUUAUUCCGAACUGUGUCGACUGUGCUCAUUAAAAAGUAAUCAUCAGCUACAAAUAUUUGAUAAGGAGGGUGAGCAAAGACAGAUACUUUUUAAAAUACGUACUCUCAUAGGUUCUGUGACAACAAAAGAAGAUGUCCUACCAAAAAAUAUAUGCCAAAAGUGUCUAUAUAAAUUGGAUAUGUUUUUUGAAUUCCGAGCAAGUUGUAUGGCCACUGAAACAGUUUUGAAAAAUUAUGCGGACACGUUAAAACAACUCGCGCAAUCAGUCAGUAAUCAGAACGAGAAAGACAAAAUGUCGACAAGCGGACAACAGCAACAGCAGCGUUCAUCAUAUGUGGAAGCACAUGCAACGGCGCAUGCGACACUGCAGCAACACAUGGCACAGCAAGUAGCUCAGACUAGACUCACUGGUCCAGGACUUUCAUCAGCACCCCAACCACUUAAUCCUACCUUUACAUUACCGGAUGAUGGUUUGGGUUACGAUGAUGGGCAUCGAGUUCUUCGUUCUAUUGGCACAUGGUCACCAGAUUAUUCAGCAGCAAUGGCACGACCAAGUGGUGUAAUGCCAGUAUUUCCUGGUACAACAGAUCAACAAUUUCCAAAUAAUCGCGCGGCUACAUUAAAUCAACCGUUAAGAACGACAAAUAAUGUAGGCGGUGUACGUCCUGGUUCUGUUUCAAAAGCUACAAAUACUGGAGAACCAACAACUAAAGCAUUUGCUUGUACUGUUUGUGGCAAAGGUUUAGCACGUAAAGAUAAACUUGUUAUACAUAUGCGUAUACAUACGGGUGAAAAACCGUAUUCCUGUGAAGUUUGUGGAAAAGCAUUUGCACGACGUGAUAAACUUGUUAUUCACAUGAAUAAACUUCGACAUAGACCGGGAGUUACUCCAUUAUCAACGCCUACUGCUCCUAAUUCUGAUCAACAGCAGCAACAGCAACAGCAGCAACAACAACAGCAGCAACAACAACAGCAACAGCAGCAGCAACAACAACAACAACAGCAGCAACAACAACAACAACAACAACAACAGCAGCAGCAGCAACAACAGCAGCAGUUGCGUAGAGAAGUUUCUGUUCAUAAAUUAAAAGAAGAACCUCUUACUUAUGUUUGUGAAAUAUGCAAUAGAGUAUUUACUGUUAGAGAUGAAUGGAUACAACAUGCACGAUCUCAUUCAAUAGAGUCUGGUCAAGUCCAACAUGCAGCAGCAUAUUUUCCAAAUUCAGCACCACCGCUGCAAACUUACAACACUGGCGGCAAUUUUUGUCCAGUGUGUCGUAUGGAUUUCCCGAAUAAAGAAGACACCGUAUUUCACUUACGCACUCAUUUCACUUCAGGACAACAGACCUUAUUGCAGAAUCAGAUUAAACAGGACCCAGCUAUUGCCGAGAUGAUAGCACGUGGUAUGGUAGAUCCUACACUAUGCAGCUAGAAUUUUCCUCACUAUCGUAAUCCGACGUCGAUACGUGUCUUACUGUAGUAUAAAAAAAAAAUAACAAUACUAAUAACAAUUAUUCGUUCACACACAUAAUAAUAACGGCUGCAUCACCGUGCGUUUUGUGAUUCUAUUUUUAGAUAAUCAUUUUUUUUUUUUUAUAAUUCACUAAAAAUAAUUAGUGAUUUGUUUUUUUAUUAAUUAAUUUUUAAUUAAAAUUUAUUCUUUAAUGACUUUAAUGCGUAAGGUAGAUAAUAUUGUUAAUUACGUGGAUACUUAAUAUCCAUUACAUAUUUUUAUCGCGAUUUUGAAAUAUCCCUCAUAAAUAAGACAUUUUUUUUUUUGAACCGUAAAGUCAAAAUAUGAAAUUAAAAUUACAUAACACUUGUUACUUUAUUUAAUUAAUUUUAAGUAAAGUGACAGUUAAAAGAUAAAUAAGCUUCCACUAUAAAUUACUUUGCGAUGUUAAUUUUUAUUUUAAUAAUAUUUUAUAAAAAGUAAAAUUACAAUCUAUUAAAUUUGCUUAUGACAUCGCUUUCUUCCUUUAUGUCUUCGUAAAUAUAAUUAUAACAGUUUUAAUAAAUAUAAUUAUAAUUAUUAUUACAUUUUACGUGUAUAAUAAAUUGAUAAUAAUUUUAAGAACACGAGUAUGGAAAAGUUGCCGUGCCUCCUAAGGAAAUAUUAAUUUUUCACUUUUAUUGGACUGACUCACGACUGAUUGCUACUAUAGUUUUUUUUAACGAUUUUAUUUCUUUAAAUAAUUCAAGAAAUUUAAUUGUUUAAAUUUUUGGCUUGAAUAUUUCAAGUGAUCACAGUUUUUUUAAGGACAAAAUGUUGAGUUGAAAUUAUUGUACAUAUUGUAAUUUCUACUAAAAAAUAAGAAAACAUCUGAAAAAUGGUUGACUCUGCGACCAACACCAAAAACUUCCCGAUGUUUUCAAGCUCAGAAACAGUGCGGCCAGAUCGUGGGAUAUUUUUACCCCCGCCUGGUGUUAUACUCUGUACUAUUUCACCACGGGAAUGGUAAAACAAUCCCACGAUCUGGCAGCACUGCUCAGAAAGUUAUUAAACGUAAAUUUUUGAAUUCUUCCAGAUUCAAAAAUUUUUAUUUUGUUCAACAAAAAAAAAAUACAAUUAGUUAAACAUUAAUUAAUUUUUGUCGUAUGAAUUCUUUGGAACGAAUCAACCGAUUUGAAUUUACUUGGCGGCAAUCGAAAGGACUCAUCAAGAUUUAGAGCUCAAUACAUUACGAGGUGAUUCGGGCAAGUAGAUUAUGAGUUAUAUGAAAAUAACCUCAAAAAAAACAUUUUUAAUAUUUAUUUUUCGUAUAACUCGUAACUCAUUCGACCGUUCGAUUUUAAAAUUUAUCCAGAUCUAAGUCUUGAUAAACCCUUUCGAUUGCCACCAAAAAUGACCAAAUCGGUUGAUUCGUUCCAAAGAUAUCGUUCUCAGAAAGAUUGGAACCCGACUGGUUACUGUUCUGCACCGGACUCAGUGCGGUGCUGGAAAAAAUGCUCGAUUGUGGUGCAGCACUACACUGAUUACUGUGUGGGACUUGACUAAGUUAUGUGCGCAUAUCACUCAAUCAGGUUCCGCACAGUAAUCAGUGUGGCGCUGCACCACAAUCGAGCAUUUUUUUCCAGCAACGUAUUGAGUCGGGUGCAGAACAGUAACCAGUCGGGUUCCAAUCUUUCUGUGUACCAUAAAAAUUAAUUUACAAACACACACACACACACACGGGCGUUCAUCCGGACAUGGAAUAGUUUCCUAGGAUCUCAAAAUAAGAUCUGAUGAAAACUCGAUUUUUGGAAAUCGAACCAAAACCAAUGACCCUUUUUUUUUUAAUUUUCAAUUUUUUACAGCGGGAAGUUUAAAAAAACAAAUAACGGAAAUAUUAAAAAAAUAUUUUCAAUAAAACAUAACUAUUGUCUUUUAAUACUAAAGUUUACUAUAAGUAAUUAGUCCAGUGAUUUAAUAGUAAAAUUAUUUAGUUUUUAAAUAUUGAAUGAUACUUUUGAUAAAUUAUUUAAAAUAAUAAUCAAAUUUUAAAAAUAUUGUUAAUUUUUUUUUUUUCGUUACGUUAAAAAUAUAAUUAACAAGGUGAGGUAACUGACGAGAGUUCGUAAAACAUUUUUGAUGAAUGAAAAAAUUACAGUGCAAUUGAAUAACAAUUAAAUUUCUCUGUGCUUCGAUAAUCUUUGAUAAUGAUAAUAAUAAUUUAAAUAAAAUAGAAUAAUGAAAAGAAAAAAAAUACAAAUUAAUAAUAAAUAAUCAUAACUAGUGUGUGAAUAGAUAAUCAAUAUGCAACGAUGUUUAAAAUAUAAAUAAUAAUUAAUGAACUGGUUUAUUAGACGCAUAGUGCCUUGUCUUUGGAACUACGUACUGUAAAUUUAUUAUAUUUGUUUAGAUUAUUUUAGUAAUAUACCGAUAGAAGGAGGCACACUGGCACGCAUUUAAUAAUAAAUAGAUUUAAGGUUUAUUGUAAUAUUGAUGUAAUUUUUUAUGUUAUUAGUUAUUAUUAUUAUUAUUAUUAUUUGAUUAAGUUUAUUUUUGUUAAGAUAUUUGUAUUAAAAUGCCAUCGCCUCUAGCAGCUGUUUUUAUCUACUUUUUAUACCGUUGAUGUCACAUACUUUAAGCUAAGAGUCAGUAUAUUACUGCCAUAAUCAUUAUAAUGCAUCUGUAUACUCAUAAUGUCUUUAUAUAAAUAAAUAUCAUUAAAAAUAUCAUUCAUUUUAUUUUAUUAUUUUAUGAUUUAUUGAGGAGUUGCAUACACUGUAAAAA